AAAAUAACAGAGUUAGUAAAGCAAAUGGCCAAAAGACAUGGGUAACGAGGCAGAGCUCCAGUUCUCUCACACUUUAUCCCCAUAAUCAUUCAGCUUCAACUUUCCCAAAACUUCCUUUUAGGGUUUCUUGUUUUUUUCUUCUUCUUUUUGCCACUCAAUACCAGAAUCCCAUCCAGCUAAAUUCUACAUAGACCUCGUUACUAAUUGUUUUGAGCUCUGAAUUUGCUUUCACUAAUGGCAAGUGAUCUCGGUAUUUAUCUGGGUUUGCACUUCCCAGCUUACUGAGUUCACUACCUCCAGAUUCUAGCUGUUGAUCACCCUUUGGGGUUGUGUAACAAGUCUCCAUGUUGCCUGACGGCUAGUGGGCGUUAUGGAUUGUGGAAGAACUACUACUUGGCUCAAGGGCUCUUGGUUUCAUUACUUAGUACGAUUUACUAUCUGGAUGUAUAGUUUUGAGAAUGUGCUGCCUCUGCCGAUUCAAUCUGAUCCCAGUCAAUUUCCGUCAGCGUUUAUGCUAACUAGUUCACCAGGAAGUAGGAGUUUUGAACCCAUUCAAAUAUCACCGGCUGUUAUUCCACGUACUCCAAUUCCAAGUGCCGACUUGCCUCCAAUGUACCCCACCUAUCCUAGUACCUAUGAGCCCAUUUUGACUGGACGAUGCCCUGUAAACUUUUCUGUCAUUUCAAGUGUCAUGGAAAAAACGGCAUCUGACUGCACCCAGCCGUUUGCAGGAGUAGUUGCAAAUGUUAUAUGUUGCCCACAACUUAGUAGCUUGCUCCACAUAUUCAAGGGGUUCUAUAGUACCGAUUCUGAUAAUUUAGUUUUACAAAAUGCAGCUGCAGAUGAUUGCUUUAAAGAUAUUGUCAGUAUAUUAGCCAGCAGAGGUGCAAACAGCUCAAUAUCAACUAUAUGCUCCAUUAGAUCUUCAAAUCUGACUGGCGGCUCAUGUCCUGUGAAGGAUGUAGCCACUUUUGAGAGAACAGUGAACACAAGCAAAUUAUUGGAUGCUUGCAGUACAAUUGAUCCUCUUAAAGAAUGUUGUCGACCAAUUUGCAAUCCUGUUGUUAUGGAAGCUGCACUUAAUUUGUCAGGAGUCCGAUCAUAUAUGAACGAUAAUAUGAAUGCAGUUGGGCUGUCUAAUCCCUUUGAUUUGGUUAAUGAUUGCAAAGGGGUGGUCUUUUCAUGGAUUUCAAGGAAACUUUCUCGUGAUUCCGCAAACAGUGCAUUCCGGAUAUUGUCUGCCUGCAAAGUUAAUAAAGCUUGUCCAUUGGAGUUAAGACAACCAUCAGAAGUAAUUGCCGAAUGCCUCAAUGUUGCUGCCCCAAGUCCUUCAUGUUGUAGAUCCCUAAAUAGUUACAUAACCGGUAUACAGAAGCAAAUGCUAAUAACAAAUCGGCAAGCAAUAUUAUGCGCGACCAUGUUAGGCCACAUGUUGAGGAAGGGUGGUGUGAUGGCAAAUGUAUAUGAGCUUUGUGAUGUGGACAUAAAAGAUUUUAGUCUACAAGGAUGUUUACUCCCUAGCCUCCCUGCGGAUAUGGUUUAUGAUAAUUCAUCAGGCUUCAGCUUUCACUGUGAUUUGACGGACAAUAUUGAAGCUCCAUGGCCAUUAUCAUCCUCCAUGACAUCAAUGUCUCUUUGUGCUCCUGAGAUGUCCUUGCCUGCACUACCUACAUCACGGAAUCUGGGCAACCCUGGUGCGUACUCUAUCAAGCAUUAUUAA